CGAGUAACUGCGAGUAACUUUCUGUAAUGUAGGUGCUCUGAACCCUGUUACUGGAAAGUCCUGAGUAGGCCUAGUAAUAUUCUUGCUGAAUGCCCUCAUUAUCCAAAUACCGCUGACCCCAUUUCAGUGUUGCCUAUCGGGCGGUUUUUCCCAUCGUAAAUUGGGUUUGAAUUGCAAUUGGCUGGUUUUGGUAUAGAUACACCCACAACUCUUUCUGUGGGCUUUUAUUGUGGUGCAAAGAGGAAACUUCAACAUGUACAACUGAAUCACAUCACUCAUCAUCAGAACUCUGGAGCGUCUUGAGCAAUCCCAAUCCAGCAGCAUGGCAGACAUGUCAGUGGAUCAGAUCACAAGUAAAGCCAACAGUGUAACAGAUGAGUCAACUAAAAGCUGUAGACUAAUUUUACAAAUGACAGAGGAGACUGUAAACGUCGGGAACAAAACAAUAACUAUGCUGGAUGAGCAAGGAGAAAAACUAAUGAAUGUGAAACAGGAAGUGGGCCAGAUCACGCACGACAUGGAACAGGCUCGAAAAAACCUGAACGAACUGUCCAAAUGCUGUGGCUUGUGUCUGUGGCCAUGGAACAGAGUGAAGUCCUCCAAGAGUAACAGGAGAUGUAAGCAGGCUAAGGAACCAAAAGAAUGCAAGCGGAAUGUGGGAUCCAGCCAACAGAGUGCCAUCCGCAGUGAGCAGGCUGUUUCUGCUCCGUCAGCAGCCCCCUCUGGCCCUUACAUCAAUAGAAUAACAAAUGAUGAACGAGAAGAUGAGAUGGAUGAGAACCUGAAGAUUGUGGGCGACAACAUAAUGAUUUUGAAGAGCAUUGCACAGGGAAUAGGCGAAAAGAUCAGCGAACAGAUCCAAACCAUCGACGAAAUCAAUGAUGAGGUUACAAAAAAUACAUAUGAUGUUAUUGAGGCAGAAAAACGUGCCAGAAAACACCACUAAGGGAAAUACUGAAAGGACGUGUCGGCAUGACAAAAAUACAUGUAUAUGUCCUGUUGAUUUUCUAAAUAAAUGCUUUUAAUUUAUUGUGAACAA